AUGACCAAUAGAGUUAGGCACCUCUUCGCAGAAGGGGCAAAAAGUAGUAUCAAUCUUGCCAUAAGAGAAGAGGGAAGCUUGGGUGGGAAGCCUAUGCUUGGCGAUAAACCAAAGGUGAAGUUGAGCUCAGUCGCACCGGCAUUGGCGCAAGACACCAUUUUUGCUUCCCCGGCAGCUCGCGCCGCGCACUCCAAUGGCCCACAGCCUUUGCCGCAUCGCGUCCCGCCUCGCCGCCGCCGCCUACCGCCGAGCCGGACCCAAAGCGCCGACCUUGCCGGGAGCCGCCGCCGCCGCGCCGCCGCCGUUCUCCAGAGCUUUCUCGGCGAGCUCCGGCGGAGGCGACCCAUCCUUCCCCGGCCCGGCUCCGGCUCCGGCUCCGGCUCCGGCUCGGGCCAUUAUGACGACGGGGGUUGGGAUUCGGUCUCGUCGUGGUCCACGGGCAUGACCAAGGACUACUUCGACGGGGAAGCGGUGGGUCGCCGGACGGGCCCGAGCCCCAGCACGAGCGCGACCGCGACCGCCCCCGGCCAAAACCCUGGCUCGAACCCUUACGAGUCGAUGAUGAUCUCGGAUUUGCAGGAAGUCGAGGAUAAGUUGAGGGAACUGGAGGAAGAGAACAGGAAGAGCAAGGCGUAUGUGGACGGCUGGAGCGAGAGGCUGAGAGAGAUCAGCGUGUUGCUGAAGCAGGUGCGGGAGCCCGGGGCAAGGGGAUCGUAUUUGAAGGACUCGGAGAAGGCGGAGAUGUACCGGCUGCACAAGCAGGAUCCGGAGGUUUACACUGUGGAGAAGCUGGCCAAAGAUUAUAGGAUCAUGAGGCAGAGAGUGCACGCUAUCCUUUGGUUGAAGGAGAUGGAGGAGGAGGAGGAGAAGAAGCUUGGCCACCCUUUGGAUGAUUCGGUCGAGCUCUUGCUCGAUACUUGCCCCGAAUUUUUCAAUUCCCAUUGCAGGGAGUUUCAUGUGGCAUCCCUUCCCUACAAACCUGACUUCAAGGUUAUGCCAGAGGGUUGGGAUGGAACUGUCAAAGAUCUAGAUGAGGUCCACUAUGAGAUCUCAAAGAAAGAAGAUGAAAUGCUGUAUCAAGAGUUUGUCCAAAAAUUGAACUUCAACAAGAUGAAAGUGGCUGGGAAGGUGAAAUGCCACAAGUAUAGCCGACGUCGGCCUUCAGAAGGAUGGAAUAUCACAGUCGAAAAACUCGGACCACGUGGGAAACGUGGAGGUGGUGGAGGAUGGAAAUUCGUAAGCUUACCUGAUGGAUCUAGCCGGCCGCUUAAUGAGAUGGAGAAAAUGUACGUGCGGAGGGAGACACCACGUCGCAGACGCAGGAUACUCCCUUGAUCACUUUAGAUUCUGUUAUUGCUUUUUUCAAAUGGCGCGUGACAUGAUUAGGUACUAUUACUUGGGAAAUGUCUGUUUCUUUCCUCUUCCUUUUAUGCAUCUUUGUGCUGUUAGUGCACCUUUUUUAUCUCUCCUCUUUCUGCUGUGUAGUCACAAUUCAGCUGUAGUACUUAUAAUAAAGGCCACAAAUUUUUUGUCUA